UGAGCUUGCGAGAAUACAGAGGCAACCAAAAAAAAGAAGAAGAGAAGAACACGAGUAAAUGGUUGCUGGUUGUUCGCUUAGCGUUCUCAUUUCUUGGCACUUUUUCGGGCUCUUGAGCUUUGAUUAACUCGUCUCUAUUGCAAGCCACAUCGCACCAUAAGUACGUUUAAACUUGAGAAUUUGGCACCAAACGCGCAACGAGCACAACGAGUGUCAGUGCAUGUUGUAAGUGUUUUCACGGAAAAAUAAUUCCUUUUUUUUUCAUUUCACUGGUUUUCAAUAAAUAUAAAUAUACAGUGUGUGAGUGUUUGGGAUCUCAUCUCAGUAUGAAUUCACAAUAACGAUAGAAGGUCGCAUCGUACGCCAAACAACAAUAAUAAUAAAAACAACAAAAAGAAAAGCAGAACACCGAAAAUACCACAACAACGUAGAGAAUAAGUGUAGUGUAAAACCACCAAACAAGAACAAAAAACUUAUAGUAAUAAUUGAAUUGCUGUGAUAUCAUUAAAACAAAAUCGUCUAAAUAGAGAUUUAAACAAUAUUUUGUAUGAAUCCGAAAGAGAAAAUAUAAGCUGCAUUAAAAAAAGCAAACAUCGUAGAAAAAACGACAUCCAAGGAUUCCCGGGCCGAAGUUACGGUGAGCACACGCUAAAGUAAAUCGAGCGAAAUAGCAAACAUUCAGGAACACACAUUGGACAUAUAAAAAAUAUCGCAAAAAAAAUUCGAAUUAGAAUAUACAUAAAAAAACUUGAACAAAAACGAAACAAAGAGGAGAAAAUAAAAUAAAAGAAUAACAGUAAAAAGUAUAAUAUUCAGCAAAAGCUUCAGGAGAGACAAUAAACGCAGCACGAGAGCGAUAGAUAUUCACGCCAGAAUUUAAAGGGAAAAGCAGUGUUAUUGUUAAAUCGUCGAGCUUUGCUCGAAAGAGAAUAAAAGUCAUAAAAUACAGCGAACGAAAUGGGCAAGAAAAACUCGAAGCUAAAGCAAGAUACGAUCGACAGAUUGACAACUGAUACCUACUUCACAGAGAAAGAAAUAAGACAAUGGUAUAAGGGAUUUUUAAAAGACUGCCCGAAUGGUUUACUAACAGAGCAAGGUUUCAUUAAAAUUUACAAACAAUUCUUCCCACAAGGUGAUCCAAGCAAGUUUGCGUCAUUGGUAUUUCGGGUGUUCGAUGAAAACAAUGAUGGGUCGAUCGAAUUCGAAGAAUUCAUUCGGGCACUUUCAGUAACAUCUCGUGGAAAUCUCGAUGAAAAACUGCAUUGGGCAUUCAGACUUUAUGAUGUGGACAAUGAUGGGUUCAUAACACGAGACGAAAUGUAUAAUAUCGUUGACGCAAUUUAUCAGAUGGUGGGUCAGCAACCACAGUCUGAAGAUGAAAAUACACCGCAAAAGCGAGUCGAUAAAAUUUUCGAUCAAAUGGAUAAGAAACACGACGACAAAUUGACGCUGGAAGAAUUCCGAGAUGGCAGCAAAGCGGAUCCACGAAUCGUUCAAGCACUUUCGUUGGGUGGUGAUUAAUGGUAAAAUGAAACAUCAUUGUUUGCGUGGGCUGCUUAACAUCAUUCUAAAGACGCAGACGAUGACUUGAGCAACAAUAACCACUGAAUAAGACUAACAAACAUUCAACAACAAGUAUUGUGACAGUGAAUAUAUAAACAUAGCCUUUUUUAAAAGUAUUUAAAUGAAGAUGAAAAAAAAAAUGAAGAAAAACUCAAAAUGUUCAACGUUACAUUUUGCGUAUACGCUCGCGAUUUUUGUUCCAUAUUAUUUUCACAAUUUUUCUUUUCGAACCGAACAGAAACACGAAUUUGUUAAUUGGUAUUUGAAUAUUCUGUGCCAUGUUUUAUGCAACAUCCAUUAUAAUCUAUAUUUGGCGCAAACAAUUUCGGCUAAUUUUGGUUACAAUGUUAUCAAGCAUUGUAUUUUGUUCAAAUAAUAAAUCGUGUCUGAUAUUGAAUCGGUAAUGAAUUGAUAAUAUGGUCAAUUAAAGCAGAAUGUAUUCUUUAUUUUACAUGCGAUAACACAAAAAAAAUGUUGACAAAAAAUAGAAAAACACUCCGAAAGCAAACCGAAGACAAAUAAACUAAAAAUAAAAAAAAAAACAUGUUUUUAUGUAACAAUAUGCAAUUAGAAUUUAUAUAUUUACAUUAUAUUUACAUUGAAAAGUGUUGAAUAAAACCAAAAAUAAAACGUUAUUAAUUAAGAUUGACGACGGGAUGAACGGUGAAUAGGAUUUUGCUCAGUCAAUUGAAAUGAAAUGAAGGGAAACCGUCAGUAGAAGUCGGUUUGUUUAUUAUUUUCAAUUGAAUUUAUGAGGAACAUGGAACAUUCUAUUCGGUUUUGUUGGUUGUUAACCGUUUGAUUGUUAUUUUGUAGAGGCCACUUCCGGCAUACACAUACAAAUACACAGAAGAAAUAUUGCACGAUUGUUAAAGAGAGAAAACAAAAUUUGACUAUUAAAUAUGGCGGCAACGCAUUUUGUUCAUAUGUUGCAAACAAACACAAACACAUACAAAAACAAAAAACACAUACGCAAAAAUAUAACAAUUGUUAACAGUGUAAAUCACAUAGACAUUUUUUGCUCAAUGUUCAGAUUCAUGAAACAAAAUUCUUCCUGCUUAUGAUGACCUUAAACUUGCAUGCUAUCACCAAAUAAAAACAAACAAAAAAAAUCAAAUAUAUUAUACAUAUAUUUUGAAUUAGUGCUACAACAAAAACAUUUUAUAGCUUACGCGUAGACGAUUUAUUCACUUCUUUGAUUCGAACAAAACAUUGUGCACAAUUACAUGAUUAAUAAAACAAAACGAACAGAGCACACGUGUACGCAUCUUAGGUUAAAAAAAAGAAUUGGUUGUUCGAUUGGACUUUAGAAAAAAACCGAUGGUCAUUUGACUGUUUUGCUGAAAAAAAAGGGAACUUGAAAUUUCACUUAACUCAAGUCUUGAAUUGCGAGAUGAGAAAUCAACCAUUGAUAUCGAUUGUCAUCAAAAUAAAUGAGCAAGCAUUUAUUGCUGGCAAAAUGGAAGACGAAUGAAGAAAACUCACAUUUUCUCUUUAUCAAAUAUGAUUUUCGACAAUUUGAGAGUACAAAUGUGCAUAUUUUUGUUGUGUUGCUCCCGGAUCAGAAACGGUUGUGCUUUUUUAAAGUCCCAUCGUUUUGCCAUGUAAGAAUUAUACAAAGCAAUACUAUUUUCAAUUUAUUUUAGCUAGUAAUUGUAGUGGUUUUAUGUAAAUACUAUCACAAUCUAAUAACAUUGAUCCAACAGGUUGACAAUUUGAUAAACAUUUUCGAAUAAAACAAACACAUUCAAUUUUAAUAAAACUAAAUAUUAUACAUUAUAAAUACGUCUCAACCGAUGAGGAGAAAAGAUAAAAACAAAAAAAAAAUCUAAAAAAAUACUUUAUAACUCUCACAUAUUAUGUGUCACAUCGAUCAAAAAUUAAUUUGACUUUUCCAAGCGGUUCAAAAUUUGCAUCUCCGCUUGAACUGUAAUUUCAUUAAUAUGUAUGGUUUGAAAACAUCAUCGAUAGACGACCUGAUGGUAUUCUGUAAAGUGAAUUAUUGUCAUUUGGAAAUGUGAUGCUUAAAAUAAACUCAUAUUUCUGAAUUCGGUAUUCACUGCACAUCACAUUUUACUUAAUGAAUUAGCAUCGUUCCUCACUAAAUUUGAUUAAAGUGAAAAUGCAUGACAGAAAAUUUGAAUGAUGAACUAUUUAGCAAAAAUACAAAAAGUCAAUCGAAUUGUCUACAGACAAUAUAUAUGGAUUUUGUCAUCUGGAAUAUUUCAGCUCAUCUGGAUGACGUUAGGCGAUGACACGGAGUGAAGACAAUAGUAAUAAGAUUGGUAUAGGUAUAAAAAUACUACCAUAACUAUAACAAUCACUUCUAUUGUUUUCACUCCGUAUCAUCGUCUAACGUCAUCCAGAUGAGCUGAAAUAUAAAUUCAAAUCAAAUAUAUUGUCUGAUUGUGUUUUAGCGGUGAAAUGUCUCUAUCACACAAUUUCACACUUGUGAACAAAAAAAUUACCGCUAAACUUUACUAUUGAAUUUUCAACAUACGUCACAGCAAGAAAAAAAAAACAAUUACCCGAACGAUGACAUCGUUGUCAAUCUAUUUAUUGUGCUCUACAAAUAUAAUUCAUGCUUGCCGUCUGAAAUUCUGUGAGUGUGCAUGUGCAUUUGGCAAAAGUGGCUUCAUCUUCCCUUGCAUACACGCCCAAACUCAUAAAACCACAAUGACAUGUCACUCGCUUAGCAAGCCAUAUUUAUAAAUAACAUUUAUAAUUUCAUAAAAAUGGAAUGAAUAUUAAACUUAUGAAAAGAAAUCUUAAAUUUUACUUAACAAUUCAAACGCCUAAAUACUUAUAAAAACUAAACAAAAAAAUAAAUAAAAAACAAACAAAAAAAAAACUUAUUAUAAAAUUAAAUAUGCAAUUUGAGUGAUAUUGAUCUCAAAUUGAUCUAUUAUUAUUACGUAUACACUAAAAGGCUAUUAACUAAAUUUAGUUUUACUAAUGCUAUAUUCUGCAAUUCUUUGGGGAAAAAUGAGAUACUAGCAUUUUUUGAUAAAAUUAGCGAUGACAACAACAACAACAAAAACAUGAAAAAAGUACAAUCAAAGUAUUUAUUUUUAAGAGAUAAAAAAGCUCAAAUGUCCCCAAUUUGAUUCACAUGAAUAAUUACGGUGUAUAUUUCCUUUUGAAGUGAAAAGACAGACAUUAAUCACAGCUGUUUGCAUUUUAUUUGCCAAUGCAUUUGUUUCCGUUCCAAAAAUUAAAUUGUGAUAAAGAAAAAAAAUAUGCUGAGAAAAAGAUAGCAACAAACUAACGCCCAGCUGGAGCGUAUUUGACUCCCAUACGACAAAAAAUAAAUGUGUCCAUGCACACAAACACACCACACCACAAAGACGGUUUUCAUGAGAAAAGCGGCCCAUUUCUCUCCAUUAGGUUUUAAAUUUGCUGGAUUAUGAUAAUUACCAAUUACGGACGGUGCUGUCUUCGCACAAUCUAUUAACUUAAUUAGUUUUUCAAAAGUUAAAAUAUGAUCCGAAUCACUUCAUUGGGAUUUUAAAUGAUUAAUUUUUAUGAUUGACGGAGGAGAAUAAAAAAAUGAGCAAAAUGAAAAUAUUAGAUGAAUUACAUAAGAAACGUAUAUUUUAUAAAAUAUUCUAAAAAGCCUUCAAAAUUGUAGCGAACAAUUGAGCAAGAGAAAGAGAGAGAGAGAGAGAGAGAGAGAGAGAGAAGGAGGGAGAAAGAGAAAAAUUGUCUUGAUUUUGCUUCGCAUUGAAUUUGGUUUCGUUCGUUUCCUGACAAGCGGAACCGUCUAUGUCAGAUUGUUACGGAAAAGUUUCAAGGAUAAACAUGACCCAUGUAAUUUCCCACGUGAACCGGUGAAAUUUAAUUCAACGUGAAGGUAAAAAAAAUAGGAAAAAGAAGAAGUAGAAAAACAAACACCAUUACGGUAUCUGGUUGCCUUUUGAUUUUACAUUAUGUGCGUCAAGAAUUUGUUAAAUUUUAUAAAAAACAUGGGAUUAUCUUUUUUUUUUGUCUUCAUUUCGCAACACAAAUCACAGUGAUUAGCUACCAAAGUUGUCAAUAAAUCAUUCGUUCUGAAUGAACCGAGUAAUUUUCUCUCUGAAUUUGACGUGUAAAUUACGUUCAUGAAUUUCGUGUCCCUUUUCACGCGACAAGUUUAAAACUCGAUGGAUUCUGAUCGGAAAAUCCGUUAAACGCGAGGAGAGAGAGACAUAAAUAGAAAUUAGUGUUGACAGCUCUUUCACUCAACGUCCUCACACCCCAAUAAAAGCAAUUCUAGAUUAAGAAAUGAUGUUGAAUUAAUUGGCUUUUUUCGUUGUAUUACGUUGAUCUUUGCUCAUUUACGUUUAAAUUUUAUAUGACUCUUUUAGUCUGAAUUGUACACAUUAUGCCCGUACGCUUUUCAUCUCACACCUAAUUGAUAUAUGGAAGUUGAUUUAUUAACAAUUUACCGGAAUCAAACUUGAAAUUUCGAUUAAUGAGGCCAAUCGUAAUGCAUUCAUUUGUAAUUUGAAUAAGGAAAUGAUAUCCGUGUUACAUUACAUUCAAAUCAUUUAACAUUUCAAAUAAAUAAAGAAGAAGAAUAUAACACAUGCUUGCGUUGACAAGAGAUAAUCAACAACCGAUAGGCCCGCGACGAAAUAUGUCAAGGUAUAUUAUAAAUUUUAUCUAGAUAUCAAUGAGUGAGAAAAUACCAUUCAAGUUACAUAAAUGUUUUAUACAGAAUACAAAUACAAAACAAAAAUGAAUCAACUUUCACAUAACGAAAUACAAAACUUACACAUUCAUAAGGAAAAAAAACUAUUCAAAAUAAAACAAAACAAAAAUCGAAAAACGCUUCUCUUUGAACACAUGUCCAUUUAAUUUGGAACAAUUCAUGCGCUACGGCGACAAACUGAUAAACAACAUAUUUUUCGGCACUUUGGCUGCAACCAAUUAAAAACGAAACGAUAUAUGUAAUGUUAAUGAUGACACAUCCAUACACAAACACACAAACACACAUACAUUCUAUCAAACUAUGAAAAAGUUACCGAAAUAAUAUGAAAAGAAAACUAAUAAAAUAUAUGGAAAAAAGUUAUUACAAGAAUAUUAAUAAAAUGAUAAUAAAAAUGAAUUGUUAAUAAGCCGACCUCACUCCAGACAUAUACGACUUAACUGACUCGAAUUAAAAACAGAACCGAAAACAAAACACGAGACGCACGCUGUGAAUGAAUGUGAAUGAAGCACCAAUUCGAUUUUUGUCUCAUUCUAUCGCAACACCAUAAAAAAUAAAAGAAACAUCUAUAUAAACAACAACAAGAAAAUACAAACAAUGAAAAACAUUCAAAUACAUAUACACAAAGACAUAUGAAGAGGAAUAAACCCCAAAAAAUCAUACCGAAAAUACACAAAUUAUUAUUUAAAUACAAUUAAAGGCAAUAAAUUCAUGUUUUUGCAUUGCUUAUACAAAACAAAUAAAGAA